AUGUUCGGCGCCGCAGCGGCGCACCUGAACAGCGACGCAGCAGCGCAGCAGCAGGCGCAGCUCGAGGCUGAGGCGCAGCAGCAACAGCAGCAGGCAGGAUGCAGUGGCGCGGCGGCUUUCUGGCUCGAUGAGGACGAGCGGCAACUCGACUUGGUCUUCAUCAUGGACGCGACCGGCUCGAUGGGCAGCUACAUUGCCUCCGCAACGCGCAACAUCGAGACGAUCUGCGAGAACAUCAUCCGCUCAGAACAGCUCUCGUCGCCCGGUGCGCUGCGCAUUGCUCUCGUCGCCUACCGCGACCACCCGCCGCAAGACCACACGUAUAUCGUCAAGACGUUCGGCGGCUUCACGACGUCCGUUGAGGUGAUCAAGCAGAACCUCAGCACGCUGUACGCAUCGGGCGGAGGCGAUGGCCCCGAGGCAGUCACGGCGGCGCUGAAAGCUGCGUGCGACUUGGAGUGGCGCCAGAGUGCCACACGUCUGGCUGUGCUCAUUGCAGAUGCGCCGCCGCACGGCAUCGGCGAGUACGGCGAUGGCUUCCAUCUUGGCUCGCCAGACGGCGAAGACCCGCUGCGCCUGGCUCGUGGCAUGGCAGCUGCCGGCAUUCCGCUCUUCAUGGUCGCCUGCGAGCCGGCGCUCAGCGGCUACCAGCAAGCCGCCGACUUCUACCAGGGCCUCGUGCGGCUCACUGGCGGCCAGCUGCUGCCGCUCACGACUGCCUCGCUCCUUACGCCCGUCAUCAUCGGUGCCGCAGCGGAGUGCAUGUCACUCGACCGCCUGCACCGCGAGGUCGGUGACCAAGUAGCACAGCGCAUCGCAGACAUGAGUCUGGAGAACAACGAGCGCGACGUCAUGGACUCGGUGACGCGCGAUCUGUUCGAGAGCCUGACGCUGCGGAGAGAGACGACGAAGCAUCUCAUCGUCGAGAGCAUCUACAAUGAGAGCGCCGAAAGCAAACACAACAUUGAGGUCUGGACGCAGGCGCGCGACUUGGCAGCUGCGCGGCCACUGCUGAAGAAGGUCGUCGGCUCGCGCCUUUCCGCCAAGUAUCUGCGAGAGCGCUCCAUCUCGUCGAGCUACAAGCCCUUCACGCCGUACGCGCAUCCGCGAUUCUCUCCUCCCGCCGCGUCAGGCAGUGGCAGCACCGCCGAGCGGCGUCGCAGUUCGGGCGGCGCCAGUGGCAGCCGCAAGGUAGUGAGCGACUUUAGUGCCUUCAGCGCCUCUCCUGGCAUGAGUUUCGGCGGCGGCAGCGCGUCAGCUUCCGCCAAUGCCUCUCCCGUCCUCUCUUCGAGCGCAUUCGGAUCGCCUCAAUCAUCCGCCUUCCAAGCGCCACGAGACGCAUCGGCGUACCGCAGCGCAUCGCCGCACUCGUCGGCGCGGGGACGACGGGCGGACGCGAUGGACGACGAGGACGAAGAGGAGGUGGAAGAGGCUAGAGAGGCGGCCAGCCUGCCGGUGGCAUACUCGGACGACGGCGCGGCGAUGCAGGUCGCCGGCGACGAUGGCAGUACGCUGGCGCUCAAGAGUGGCGCCAUCUCCAUGGAGCAGGUGCGCAGACUGGCGAUGGUCAGUGCACAGCGCGGCGGCCUGGGUGCCGCAUGA